CAUUUGUUGUUUUUGUAAAAAUUACUUCACCUUAUGAGUACACCCUGUGUGUUUUUUAUAUAUAAAUCAGUCAUUGUUUUUCAAGUUUAAUUGCCGGUCAGAAGUUUAUUUUGCCAAACAAAACUGCAAUGUUUGCAAGUAAUUUAAUAAAAAGUCUCAAGAAUGCAGCUAUAAUAACUAGUGGCAGAAAUAAUCUAUAUCACAAUAAUAAGUGUAAUAUGAGCCAAAUGCUCGCCAAAAGACGAUCAAAACAAUUACAAGAACCACAACAGCAACAAAUGCUAUGUAAUUCCUAUACCACCAUAUGUCCUAAAACAGAUUUAAUCAAUAGGACACGCAUUUGCUUGGUACUCUUACCAUUGACGAGCGUUAGUUGCACAGCUCAUACUUCAACCACAAACAAUGUAAAAGCAACAGCAAUUAACGAUUCUGAUAUCAUGUCUGAGGAAGCUAAAAACGCCAAGAGCAUUUACGAUUUUACCGUCAAGGAUACCCAUGGCGAGGAUGUAUCUCUUGAAAAAUACAGGGGUAAUGUUGUACUUAUCGUAAACAUUGCUUCUCAAUGUGGUUUAACUAAAAAUAACUACAAAAAACUAACUGAAUUGCGUGAGAAAUAUGGUGACAAAGGUUUGAAGAUUUUGAAUUUCCCUUGUAAUCAAUUUGGGUCACAAAUGCCUGAAAGUGAUGGCGAACUUAUGGUUUGUCAUUUACGUGAUGCUAAAGCUGACAUUGGAGAUGUUUUCCAAAAGAUUGAUGUAAACGGUUCGAAUGCCGCACCCCUAUAUCAAUAUUUAAAGGCCAAACAAACUGGCACUUUGGGCAGCGGCAUAAAGUGGAAUUUUACCAAAUUUUUGGUAAACAAAGAAGGUAUUCCUGUUAGUCGUUAUGCUCCUACCACCGAUCCCAUGGACAUUGCUAAAGAUAUUGAAAAGUUGCUUUAAAAUAAUCAAUAACAUUUUAAAAUGCAUUUUAGUCUAAAUGACAAUGGCAACUAGGGGCAACGUAAAGUGUUUGUCAUUAAUUUAUAAAAAGUUUUCACUUGAACUCUUGUUAUUUAUGUAUUACGUGUGUAGGUAUUUUUCGGCUUUUUAUGCUUAUCAAAUCAGUUUUUAUUCAUAAUGAUUAUAUCUGUUCUAAUGCAUAUCAAAUAUGCAAUUUAUCUUUUGUAGAAUUUUCAUAAUAAAGUUUGUUUUUUUAUUCCAAAAAUAUCGUAAAAUA